CGGUAACCUAACUUAUUGAGUCAUUGGCUCAUUGCUCAAAUUCAGAUCUAAAUCCUGCAUCUUUCCGCUUUCCCUCACACUUUCUCUCUCCUCCUUUCUAUUAUCUAUCUCUCCUCCAAUGCUUUGCCUUUCAGCAAUCCACUGAUGAACAACUACUGAUCACCGAACAAUUUCCACUGUUUUCCUUCAAUUCUUCCCCGAUUUCGCACAUUCAGUCUUCGAUUUUACUGUCAAUAAGGGUGUAGUGUGCUCUUUCAACAGUUGCCAUGUGGAAGUUUAAGCCCUUUGCACAUAAAGAACCAACAGGACUUGAGGGCCGCUAUUUUGAUAUUGGUGACAUUAAAGUUAAUGUGAAAAAUGUCAUUGCCGAGGGAGGAUUCUCUUGUGUUUACUUGGCUAAAGAUGCCUUGGAUGGAUCAAAGCAGUAUGCUUUAAAGCAUAUCAUAUGCAAUGACCAGGAGUCAAUGGACUUGGUCAUGAAGGAGAUUCAAGUGAUGAAAUCGCUCAAAGGACACCCUAAUGUUGUUACUCUGUACUCUCAUACUAUAAUGGACAUGGGUAGGACUAAAGAAGCACUUCUUGUGAUGGAAUGUUGUGAGAAAUCUCUGGUAAAUGUUUUGGAAAGUAGAGGAACUGGCUACUAUGAUGAGAAACAAGCCUUGACCAUUUUUAGGGAUGUUUGCAACGCAGUCUUUGCAAUGCAUUGUCAUUCUCCACCAAUUGCCCACCGUGACUUGAAAGCAGAGAAUCUUUUGCUGGGCUCUGAUGGGCUAUGGAAAUUGUGUGACUUUGGAAGCACCUCUACCAAUCACAAGCGCUUUGAGAAACCUGAAGAAAUGGGCAUUGAAGAAGACAACAUCAGGAAGCACACGACACCUGCUUAUAGAGCACCUGAGAUGUGGGAUUUGUACCGAAGAGAUCUCAUAAGUGAGAAAGUGGAUAUUUGGGCUCUUGGUUGUUUGCUCUACCGAAUUUCCUAUCUCAAAUCAGCAUUUGAUGGAGAGUCAAAGCUACAGGUUCUGAAUGGAAAUUACCGUAUCCCAGAUUUACCAAAAUACAGUGCAGCUAUCACUGAUUUAAUCCGAGACAUGCUUAACUCUUCUCCAGAGUCCAGACCAGACAUCACACAGGUCUGGUUUCGUGUCAAUGAGCAAUUGCCUGUCGGAUCACGGAAGUCAUUACCUGAUCGGCCACCUCAUAUGCGUGAAACAGCUCCUGAUAUCACUGAAGGAAACUCCAAGGUUAUGUCCAGGGCUUCAAAUCUAGUGCCUCGGAGAAGCCCGCCACCUGUGCCAUCAUCAAUUGAAACAACUAAUUCGUCGACUUCAAACGCUUCCAAGGGUGGGUUUGGAGGGGGUGCUUUUUGGUCAACAGAGCACGCUAAGGAUACUCUUGUCCCAGAGGAAAAAGGUGCACCGAAAUUUGAUGAUGAAUCAGUGACCUGGAAAGACGAUAGAAGCCGGCCAGAAAAAUUUAAUUUGCCCGGUAAAGCUAGUCCUUCUGGGAGGGAAAAUAGUCAGGCUAAUCCAAUGAAGUCCAGUAGUGCCUCAACUUUUGAAAACGAGGCUUUCAACACCUUUGUUGCUGAGUUUGACACAGCUAAACUCAGUCCAACUGACAAUGGAAUGAAAUCAAAGGAUAACUCCUUGGAAUCUGAGAUAGAAAGACUAAAGGAGCAUUUGAAGCAAGCUAAUGCAGAAAAGGCAGAGAUUACUUCAAAAUACGAGAAACUUACUGCAAUCUGUCGAUCACAGAGGCAAGAGUUACAGGAGCUGAAGCAGGCGUUGGCUGCCAGAACUCCUUCACCGAAAAUGGAGUCUACAAGGAACCAACCACCCUCCACCAAUAAAGCCGCAACUUCUCAGAGAGCAAAAAGCGAAGGUACAGUGUUGGAGCUCCAACAAGGUUUGUUUGACAAAAGUACGACAAGCCCAGAAUUGAAGCAAUGGCAAGCGUUUCCCAAUACACCGACAUCUACAGCCGAGGCAUCUAAAUCUGUUAGGACUAAAAAUGGUCACUCCAACAAGCAAGAUGCUUCGGCUGGAUCAACCCAAGAUAGUUGGGGAUUUGGUAAUGACAGCUUCACUGCAGUUCCUGCUGCCAGCUCUCGGAUCUCUAGAUCUGGCGAAGGAAGUACUUCCCUACGUUUUGGGGAUUCAAAUAAGUUAGGAAGCAAGAAUACAGCUUCUAAACCAGCUGGCUGGGCUGGUUUCUAACUCAUUCAGGAAGGAAAGGGGAGUUAUUUUGCUGUAAUAAUUUGUUCAUAUAACUUUGCAAGAGGUAAACAUCGUGUUCCUCGUUGUAUUUAGAGAUUGUCUGAAAGCCAAUUGAUGAUUUUACGUUGGCUGGUGACUUGGGGUUAUAUAAAUCAAUUGAUGAUCUCGGUGAAUUUAAGGAAUUUUGUAGAUCUCCCAAGUUGGUAUACCAUUUAUAAGGAAAUAUUGUGUUGCAAUGUUCUACGUACUACAGACCUACAAUAUGUCAUAUAUGAGUAUAUAGUAAUCUCCUCUUUUUGCAGGUGUUAUAUUAUACUACCUUCAUUUUGCAA